AAGCAUUCGUUAGGCUAAAUAGGGAGAUCCAGAUAUCUGCUGUGGGUGAGUGAUGACCCCGCUGUCAACGACACAGAAUCUGGGGAGCGAUCUUGUGAUUGUGCAAGCUGAUUUCACCAGGACCGAUGGGCAACACAAACAAUGUACACUGGGGUGUCGACCGCCCUGUCAACAACAUGUUCACUGGGCGAGAAGACAUCCUUGAAGACCUGGAACAGAAGCUGCGCGAGGCAGCGCGUGCAGGAAUGAAUGAUAAACAGCCUCGUAUUGUCAUCUCCGGCAUGGGUGGUCUGGGGAAAAGUGAGAUUUGCUUACAACUCGCGCAGCGUCUCCGGUCAUUGUUCUGGGGUGUUUUCUGGAUUGACGUCAGCACUCCUUCUCUUGCACAGAACGGCUUUCUUGGAAUCGCCGAUCGACUCAAGAUUUCUGCGACCACAUGGGAGGAUGGCCGGCGCGGACUCGCUAAUGUACAUCAGCGGUGGCUGUUGGUGUUGGAUAAUGCAGACGACCCAGAUCUUGAUUAUCAAACUUAUUUCCCCCCGAGCUCGUAUGGAGUGGUUAUACUCACCUCGCGCAAUGCUGACUGCGAGCAGUACGCAACAGCCGAUUUCAUUGCUUUGACUCAGCUUGCUCGGGGCGAUGCCCAGCAUCUUGUCUUCAAGGCUGCCAGAGUUCCGGAUGGUGAACGUUCUGCGGUGGAAAAUGACGCACGAGCUGUGGCAGCCUUAUUAAACUCGCAUCCUCUGGCGCUAAUUCAGGCUGGUGCUUACGUCGCACACGGUCAUUGUACACUGGCAAGAUAUCCAGAAGUUUUCACUCGAUUUCGAAAACGGCUCCUUGCCUUCCGGCCGUUGCAGGUGCAGUCCCGAUACGGCGACGUUUAUGCAUGCUUCCAGGCUUCCAUUCAAAUCUUGCAAUCGAGCGCGACAGCAUCGGCACAGGAUGCAUUGCAGCUUUUGCCAUUGUUAUCGAUGUACGGUACGAGGGAGAUUCCUCUACAGCUAUUCGAAGCGGCAUGGAACGGUGGGCGCAAAUUCCUGGCCUUAGGAGACUCUUUGGACAGCCACGACCUCGCUUUGACAUCAUGGCACGUCUCGCGCUUGCCUGCCUUCAUUGACCCCGACAAUAAUAGCUGGGACCCAUUUCGCUUGAUUGAAGCAGUGCAUACGUUGAGGUCGCUUGCACUAGUCUCGGCUACUGCUCAAGGUGAGCAGAUGAGAGUGUCGAUGCACCCGCUCCUUCACGCAUGGGCGAGAGACUGCCAAGACGAGCAACAACAACAUACCUCCUGGGUGUCAGCUAGCUGCAUCAUUGCGAUUUCGAGCAGUGACAGAGAAUUCUGGCGAAGUCAGGCGCGACUGCUGCAACCUCAUCUUCAGGUGCUAUUAGACUGUGACAUGCGGUGCAUAUAUGGCUCCGACCGGAGCGUCUCAAUUACUGAGAUUCUCAUCGAGUGUGGAUGGACGCUGGAAAUGUUACGCGAUGACAACAGUCUUCUCAGACUGACAGAUCGAUUAUGCGCCCACCAUCAACUUUCGAGAGUAGUUGUGAAAGAAGAAUGGCUCUCGCUCUACCAGCUCCGUGGCAGUGCUCUUCUUCAUCACGGUAAGUUCAAGGAUAGUAUUGUGGUGUUAGAACAGAUCGCGAAGAUCCGGGAAAGACUUGUGGACGACCAUCCUGAUCGGGUGAAAUCGCAGCACGAUCUGGCCAGGGCCUACGUUUCGAAUGGGCAGGUCAAUCAGGCGAUCACGCUAUUAGAACACCUGAACCGGAUCCAAGAGAAACUGGCGGAAGACCAUCCCAAUCGAUUGGCCUCGCAGCACGAGUUGGCCGCCGCAUACCGGGUGAAGGGGCAGAUCGUCGAGGCCAUCAAGAUCCUGGAAGAUGUGGUACGAAUCGAAAGCGAGGAUUUACCGAAAAACCAACCAAACCGAUUAGCAUCACAGCACGAGUUAGCCUGCGCAUAUGUCGCUAUAGGGCAGAUUAGCGAGGCGAUCCCACGCCUGGAAUAUGUAGCUCAGAUCAAGGAGGAGCUGACAGAGGACCAUCCCAGUCGAUUAGUCACCCAGCACGAGUUGGCCUAUGCAUACCUGAAAAACGCGCGGGUUGAGGAGGCGAUUGUACUCCUAGAGCAUGUGGUGCGAAUGCAAGAAAGCUUAGCGGAAGACCAUCCUCUCCGACCCGCAUCGCAAGGGCUAUUAGCCUGUGCAUACCAGGAGAGCGGGCAGGUCGAAAAGGCAGCCAGGCUUCUGACAGCAGGGACACGACCUAGAGAAAGGCUGGAAAAGGACAAGAAAUCCACUCAUGUCGGCUUUACCCAGCGAAACCCUGACAGCUCACCGGCCGUCGAUCCCAGCAUGUGCAGUCCAUCACACAACGCUUCUGAGAGCCUGGUCAGCCAGGUUGUAAAUUUGCAAUCCACCAGCGAUCUGACCCACCACCAGGUCCUACGAAGGACGAACCGCUGAUGUCGUCUGGAACACCAGUGUAUUCAGAGGGCGGAGGCGGUUGAGGUGACGGUCAACGCAGUCGUUGGGGGCAUGGAAGAACUUUUCCAAGACCACCUGAAUCAAUUCGUGAUGACCCAUUCGGGAGCUGAAGAGUAGCAGAUGUUUGGCAGGGAGCCUUGAUUGACCAUCAGCGAGAUCAGCAACUGGUCCACAAAUGCACGCCGACGACUGAAGUUGAAA